AUGUCCCAAGAGGAUCUGCGAAACGCCAUCGUCCAACUCACGAAUCUCGUCGCGAAGCAGCAGCAGCAGAUCGAAAAUUUAGCAAAUCGUACUUUUUCGACGGCGGCUAGCGGAAGCGAGAAGACAAUCGAGUCGUUGGCAAAUGGAAUCCAAGAUUUCCUGUACGAUCCGGACGCAGGAGUUUUCUUUGAUGCAUGGUACGCUAGAUACGAAGACGUCUUCAUUCAGGAUGGUCAUUCUCUCGACGAUGCCGGCCGUGUGAGAUUGCUUCUACGCAAAUUAAGCACCCCUCUGCACGAUAAGUACGUGAACACUAUUCUGCCAAAGCAUCCUCGCGAUUUCUCUCUGGAUGAGACCGUUACAAAACUGAAGAAGUUGUUUGGUCGCCAGAAGUCGUUACCAGCCCGUUACCAGUGCUUGCAGUACGCCAAGAGUGACGCGGAUGAUUUUACUUCGUAUGCUGCCAUGGUCAACAAACACUGCGAAGCGUUUCAACUUUCCAAGCUCACGUCGGAUCAAUUCAAAGCUCUCCGAUUUGUCUGUGGACUCCAAUCGCCACGGGAUGCGGACAUCCGAGCUAGAUUGAUUUCGAAACUGGAAGCUGAUGAAUCUGCAGUUGUUGAACAAGGAGAAGCUGCAAGUAAGGUGACUUUGGAAAACCUGGUGGAAGAAUGUCAUCGUGUGGCCAACCUUAAGCAUGACUCGCAGAUGGUGGAAAACAAGGAGGCUUGCUCCGUCAACGCCAUUUCGCGCAACCAGAAUCAUUCUUGUUCGAAGAAGACCAACAAAGUGCCCAAGACACCCUGCUGGAAAUGUGGGGAACUGCACUACGUUCGUGAAUGUCCGUUUGCAUCGCACAUGUGUACUAGAUGCAAGCAGCAAGGACAUAAAGAAGGCUACUGUUCAAGCAGUAAGCCCGCUGCAUCCAAGCCUUUCAAGCAAUGGAAGCCCAAAGAGAGCAUGAAGACGAAUGGCAUUUACACUGUUCGCAACGUCGGAAGAAAACGCAAAUUCGUCUCGGUCGAGCUCAACGGGGUAGCAGUCAAGCUUCAGCACGACUCGGCGUCCGACAUCACCAUCAUUUCGAACGAAACAUGGGCUAGCAUCGGACGACCACCCACUCAACCGACCGAUGAAUCUGCUGUCACAGCGUCUGGUAGUGAUUUGAAUCUCCUCGCAGAGUUUCAAGCCGACAUCACUAUUAACAACGUGACCAAGACAGGGCGCAUUUUCAUCUCUGAUAGCGCCGAUCUCAACGUUUUGGGAAUCGAUACUAUGGAUCUAUUUGAUCUGUGGUCCGUACCGAUUAACAGCUUGGUCAACGUCGUACAUCAAAACUCUGACCAAUACGUUGAUCGCCUCAAGCACCAGUUUCCGGAGGUUUUUCGAAGCACGCUGGGUAGAUGCACAAAAGCGCAAGUGAAGUUAUACUUGAAGCCUGAUGCCCGUCCAUGCUAUUGUCCGAAGCGACCAGUGGCGUAUGCGGCUCUUCCCAAAAUAGAUGCGGAACUCGAAAGGCUCGAAACAAACGGUAUAAUUUCUCCAGUUCAAUUCUCGGACUGGGCAGCACCAAUAGUCGUCGUACGGAAGUCGGACAAUGUUUCGGUCCGUGUGUGCGGUGAUUAUUCUACGGGGCUGAACAACGCGCUGGAAUGUGACCGUCAUCCUCUACCUCAUCCUGACGAUCUUUUCGCGGAGCUGGCUGGGGCACGCUAUUUCACACACCUUGACUUAUCAGACGCCUAUCUACAAGUUGAGGUCGAGGUGGAAUCGCGCAAGCUACUUACCGUGAACACACAUCGCGGCCUUUUCCGGUACAACCGACUUCCUCCCGGAGUCAAGUCGGCACCAGGUGCUUUCCAACGCAUUAUUGACAGCAUGGUGGCUGGCAUCUCUGGAGUGAAACCUUACCUUGAUGAUAUCUUCAUUGCUGGCCGCACCAAAGAGGAGCACGACCGUAUCCUCUAUGCUGUUCUCGAACGCGUCCGUGAGUAUGGUUUCCAUUUACGCCUUGAAAAAUGUCGUUUCGCGCUUCCCCAGAUCGGUUUCCUUGGAUUGAUCGUCGACAAGGACGGUGUUCGGCCUGACCCCAAAACAGAAGCCAUUGCCAAGAUGCCACCCCCGAAGGACGUGAAGCAACUUCGCUCCUACCUCGGAGCUAUCAACUAUUAUGGUCGAUUCGUUCCACAGAUGAAGCACCUCAGGGCUCCCCUGGAUGACCUGCUGAAAAAGGAUGCUCGCUGGAACUGGACAAAAGAGUGUCAGAAAUCUUUUGAGCAGUUCAAGACCAUUUUACUCUCCGACCUGCUGCUUACUCACUAUGACCCAUCUAAGGAGAUCAUCGUCGCGGCAGACGCAUCGAAGUAUGGUCUAGGCGCUGUCGUCAUGCAUCGUUUCCCCACCGGUGAGGUGAAGGCAAUCGCACAUGCUUCUCGCUCACUGACGGCAGCGGAAAUGAACUACGGCCAAGUGGAAAAGGAAGCAUUGGCGUUGAUAUUCGCUGUCACCCGUUUCCAUAAGAUGCUGUACGGACGGCAUUUCACUCUCGAAACCGAUCAUCAACCGCUACUCAAAGUUUUCGGCUCGAAAAAAGGAAUACCAGUUUACACAGCCAAUCGUCUGCAACGAUGGGCUUUGACACUUCUCCUGUAUGACUUCGAGAUCAAGCACAUCUCGACGAUGAAUUUCGGCUACGCAGACUUCCUGUCCCGGCUGAUGUCGUCACAGCGCAGACCAGAUGAGGAUUACGUCAUAGCUGCCGUCUAUGUCGAAUCCGAAGCAAAGGCGAUUCUCGAAGACUCCAUCAACAAUCUGCCAGUCACACAUCAGAUGAUUGUGGCUGAGACACGUAAGGAUGCUGUUCUGCAGCAAGUGAUUAGUUACAUCAAUGAAGGAUGGCCAGCAAGCGUGAAGCUAAUCACCGAUCCUGAUGUGAAGAAGUUCUUCGUCAGACGUGAGGGACUUCAAGUCGUCGAUAACUGCGUCAUGUUCGGCGAUCGAAUCGUCGUCCCAUCAAAAUUCCGGAAGCGAAUCGUCCACCAGCUACAUCGUGGGCACCCAGGAAUGGAGCGGAUGAAGUCUCUGGCUCGCAGCUACAUUUACUGGCCGAAUGUUGACGACGAUGUGGCGCAAUUCGUUCGUCAGUGCGAUGCAUGUGCUGAAGCAGCGAAGGCUCCGACGAAAGCAACCCUGGAAUCAUGGCCUCUUCCGGACCGGCCGUGGCAACGAGUACACGUCGAUUUCGCUGGCCCAAUCGACGGACAUCACUAUUUCGUGAUUGUAGAUGCCUACUCUAAGUGGCCCGAAAUUUUUCGCACUAGAUCCAUCACCACGACAACAUCCAUCACCUGCUUCGUGAAACAUUUUCCCGUUACGGCAAUCCAGACACGCUAG